GGUAAAUGAAAUUCAAAUUCAAAAGUUGUUAUUAGCAAUUCAAACUGAACUUAUCCUUUAUUUACAUUUUUCCAUGUGAAUUUUCACAAAAAUCUAUUUUAAUUAAAUAAAACAAUUUAAAGAGAUGGUUGGAAAGAAAAAAGCUAAUCAAUUGGGACGAUCCCUAAUUAAGGCUCGUUUCAGCAACACACAUAAGAGAAAAGUGGAUGAAAACAUGUUACAUGCUGCUGAUUUAAAUGAUGGAUAUGAUUGGGCGAGACUUAAUUUGAAUUCCGUUGUGGAAGAAGAUACAUUUCAAGAUUUCCUUAGAAAAGCUGAAUUAGCUGGAACCGAAUUUGCUGCUGAAAAAUUAAACAUUAAGUUUGUUAAUCCAAAAUCAAAUGUUGGAAUCUUGACAGAUACUGAAAAGAAGGAUAUGGAUGUAUUAAUUAAAGCGAAUGAAAAUUUAUUAAAAAUUCCACGUCGUCCAAAAUGGACAAAAGAUACAACACUUGAAGAAUUAAAUGCAAAUGAAAGUAAAUCAUUUUUGGAAUGGAGACGUGACUUGUCAUUAUUGCAGGAAAACGAAGGUUUAGUAAUCACUCCGUAUGAAAAGAAUUUGGAAUUUUGGAGACAAUUAUGGCGUGUCAUUGAAAGAUCGGAUGUUCUUGUGCAAAUUGUUGAUGCUAGAAAUCCAUUAUUAUUUAGAUCAGAAGAUUUGGAAAGGUAUGUAAAGGAAGUGGAUCCAAAUAAGCAGAAUAUAUUGCUACUCAACAAAGCAGACUUCUUAACUGAUGAGCAGAGAGAUUAUUGGGCUAAAUACUUUGAUGAUCAGAACUUGAGAGUUGCCUUCUUUUCAGCCAUUGAGCCUGUAGAUGAUAUUAUUGAAGAGCAAUCAGAAGAUUCACAGGAAUCAGACAGUGAAAGUGAUGAAAGUGAUCAGGAACAGUCAGAAAAUGAAAAGCAAAUAUCACUUGACACGCUAAAAGAAAGAGUUGAGGAAAUUUCAAAUAAUAUAAAUGAAGCUGAAAAGGAAUUAGAAAGCAUAGUUAAUGAGCCAAUAGAAGUUCCUGAAAAUUCAAUAGUAGAGGCAGCAUGCUCAAAUUUUACGGAUAAAAAUAAUCCAAAAAUUUUAACACGUUUGGAACUAAUCGAGUUCUUUAAAGACAUAAGAAAGAUUCAUCCGGCAUGCAAAAGCAAGGACAACAUUGUAAUAGGUCUGAUGGGAUAUCCAAAUGUCGGUAAAAGUAGUACAAUUAAUGCUUUGCUACAAGAAAAGAAAGUAAGUGUUUCGGCUACGCCAGGCAAAACAAAGCAUUUUCAGACAUUGUACCUUGAUCAAGAAAUAAUCUUAUGUGAUUGUUGUGGACUUGUUCUGCCUAGUUUCUGCUAUACAAAAGCUGAUAUGAUUCUUAAUGGAAUCUUACCAAUUGAUCAAAUGAGAGAUCAUGUCCCACCAGUCAAUACUUUAUGCACAUUAAUUCCACGUCAUAUUUUAGAAGAUACUUAUGGCAUUCUAAUAACAAAACCAAUGGAAGGAGAAGAUCCAGAUCGUGCACCACAUUCUGAGGAAUUACUUUUAGCUUAUGGAUAUAAUAGAGGAUAUAUGACAGCAAAUGGUCAGCCUGAUCAAUCGAGAUCAGCUAGAAGAGUUUUAAAAGAUUUCGUUAAUGGAAAAUUGCUUUACUGUUAUGGACCGCCUACAAUUGAUCAAAAAGAUUUCCAUCAUUUUCCAGAGAGACAUAAUAAGGAAUUGUCUGUAGAGAAUUUACCGCCACGACAACAACGAGCUAUGAAAAUAGCAAAGAAAGCUUCAUCUAAGGACAUUGAUGACUUAUUUUUCCAAGCAAAUGAUAGAAAUGCUCAUAUAAAAGGACGUAAUUUGAUGGGCGAGAAGCAACAAAUUCGUAUAAAUGUCAUUGGUGCCCAGCCAGCUGGAUCAACAACUUCAAUGGGUGUUAUUGGAAAGAAGAGUAAAGCACCGAAAAGAGAGAAGCGAGAGAAAUUAAGGAGAAAAUACGCACAUUUAGAUCAGCAUUAAAAUCAUGUUUUUAGCGCAUUUUUGUGUACUUGUAUACAAAUUACUAUCGAUUUAUCAGCCAAUCGAAUGCUUAAAAGUCUUGAAAAAGUGUAUUUAUACUAUAAUUA